AUGUCAUCCGAAUUAUCUACUGGUGAAAAAAGAUUCGUUUUUGAUCUUGAGGGGUGUGAUCCAGAUUUCAUUCUUUGGGUUAAAAAAACAAAUAAAAAAGAUGUUGUUCAAGAUCGUCUUUUUGUAUUAACAAAAUAUAGAAUUUAUUCAAUUAAACGUAAUAAAGUUGGUGGUAAAAAACAAGUUCAAAGAGAAAGUCAUUUAUAUAAUUUAGUUGAAAUUAGAACUGAUGAUAUUGAUAGAGUUGUAUUAAAAUUUACAACAUUUUCAAUUGAUAUGACAGGUGGUAAUAUUGGUAUAACAAUACCAAAAUUAUUAAUUAAUGCAUUUCAUAGAAUUAGUUUUACAUUUUCAAAUGAAGCAUUACCAAAUUUAUUGAUAUUACCACCAGAGAGAACAGCACCAGAAGUUGAUGAGAUUGAUCCAGGUCAAUCGCAUGGAUUCUUUGAAGUGUAUAGAGCACAAUGUAAUUAUUAUGAUACACCAGUGAAUCAAGAUUUAAUCGAUUAUUUGGAAGAGACAGUUAGCAAAGGAUCAAGAGUAUUCAAUUUGGAUGAUUUUGCAGGUAUUGAUAGAAAUAGUGAAGGAGCUGUCAAUCUUACACCAGUGUUGGCAGCAUUAAGACAUAAUACCUUUUUCGAUACAUUUGUGUGUCAUAAUAAGACACGUAAAGAGAUACCAUUGUUAUUGGCCGACGUUUUCCAUCAUAAUAGAACAUUGGUCAGAGUUGAUCUAUCAGGUAUCGAAUCUGAUGAUGGUUGGGUGCAAUUGGGUGACGCCUUGAAAGAGAACCAAACCAAUCAAUUGGUGUCUUUGAAUUGUUCAGAUAAUCGUGUCUCUGAUAAGGGUAUGAAUUCAUUGGCAAAUGCAAUUCGUUCAUUCAAUCGUCCAUUCUUAGAGUUUAUCGCAUCAAAUGUUGAUUUACAAUCAAAGGGUGCAUCAAUAUUCUUUAGAACACUUCAAUCGAAUUAUUCAUCAUCUGGUGCCAUUGUACAUUUGGAUGUUAGUAGAAAUGAUUUAGAAAAGAUUGGAUCGGAAUCAUUACAUGAUUGGAUCAUUCUUUUAAAUACUUCAAUACCAUCACCUAGAAAACCAUUGGUUCAUAUCAAUUUAGAAGAGACACAAUUGGAUACCACAAAGGUUACCAUGGCUUUGAAACAAGGUCAAUUGGAAUCAUUAGAGUAUAUCAAUCUUUCAGGUAACAAAUUCACACCAGAGGCAGUUGCAAAUCUUUGUUCAAUCAUUGCCAAAUGUGAUUCAUUGGCUCAGAUAAAGUUGUCAAAAUGUUCGAUUACAGGUGAUCAAGUUAAUAAUAUUUUAAAUGCUUGCACUAGUGGUAUACAAGUACAUGAUCGUACUUUAGAUCUUUCAAGUAAUAAUUUAGAACAAAAAGGUGCCUUAUCAUUUGCUCAAACCAUUAAAUCCUCUUCGAAUAUCGCUCAUUUGAAUUUAGCAAAUAAUAGUUUCAGAAAGAAAGGUAUCACAUUUAUCGUUCAAGCAUUGGAAGAGAAUUCAACAUUACAAUCGAUUGAUUUAUCUUCAAAUUUCAAAUCCUCAUCAAAGGCAGAACCAAUCGUUGAUCAUAUCGCUCGUACAGUUCAUCAUCAUGUUUCAAUUAGAAAAUUGGUUUUAGCUGGUUCAGUUAGUAAAGGUUUCUAUUUGGGUAAAGAGUUGCUACCAUUGGUUAAAUCUUUAGUAAAUGAUUGUAAAUUGGUGGAAUUGGAUAUUAGUGGUAAUAAUAUGGGUGAUGAUAUUUGUAGAGAAUUAUUUGAAUCUCUAAAGAAGAACACUUGUUUAAAGACAUUACAUCUUGAUAAUAAUAGUUUGGGUUUGGCUGGUUUCCAAGCUAUGAAAAGAACUUUCACAACCAAUCGUACCCUUAUCGAUAUACCAGUACCAACCGCUGAUAUCACUAAAAUCCUUAAUUCAAACUCUAAGGAUAAGAAACAAAUCAAUGAUAAAAUCGGUGAAAUCUUGGCUGAUGUUCAAACUUGUCUCUCAAAUAAUAAAAAUGGUAUAGCUUAUACUGAUAUACCUUCAACUACUAAGACAACCGUUGCUAUUAGUUCAAUUUCAACUCCAAAUUUCCGUGCUUCAACUUAUCAUAAUUCAAGUUCAAAUAAUUUAGGUAAUAGUGAUGAUACUUAUAAUAGAGCAGCUUCAACUCAUAAUUUAUCUUAUUCUUCACCAUCACCUUCAACUUAUGCUCCACCACCACCACUUCCAGAUGUUUAUGCAAAUCAUUAUCAACAACCACCACCACCUCCACCACAAGAAACUUAUGACUAUAGUCAACAACACCAACAAUAUGAUUAUAGUCAACAACAACAACAACAACAACAACAAUAUGAUUAUAGUCAACAACACACUGAUCAACAACAAUAUGAUUACCAAGCUCAAGAUUAUCAAGAAGGUGCAACUACAAAUGAUUAUGAUCAACAAUAUCAACAACAAGAUUAUAGUCAACAACAACAAUAUGACGAUCAACAACAACAACAACAACAAUAUGAUGACCAACAACAACAUUAUGAUGAUCAACAACAAUAUGAAGACGAAAAUAGAAUGCCACCACCUCCAGAAUAUUAA